AUGGGCCUCGUGUCCAAAGCCAUCUUCUCGUCCCUCCUGGGGACGACGACCGUUGCGGCCUACCUGGCCGUCAAGAACCCCGUCAUCUCGCCCCUUGCGGCUUCCGACCCCAUCUGGACAUCCAAGCUAUUCAAGCGGUACAACCCAUCCGCCAACCCGGCGACCCAGGACAUAUGCAUCAGACGCAUACCGCUCGACAGGAUACGACCCGAACUUGUCAAGAACCCCCGUCAUCUUGUGCUGGAAUACUGCCGCGGCAUUUGGUCGGGAUACGGCUUCCGGGCUCAGCGCCGCUAUCUUCAGUGGAAGCACCAGGGUCCGGACACGAGCACGCAGUUGUGGACCACCGAGCAGCUUUCGGAGAGCAAGUAUGAGAGGGGGACCUGCUUCGUCGACCACUUCGAGGUGGUGGAAAAGACACCCACGUCCAUCACGGUCCGGUGCGGCGACUCCCCGCGGACCCAGGCCUUGCGAGAGAGCGACGGCCUGUUUGUCAUCGGCGCCGUCGUGGACGACGCGCGCGGCGAGGUCGAACUCACCUUGAAGAGUUGCCUGUUCUCGAGCCAGGGCAAGGUGCUGGGGGUGAAGGGGCCGAUGCCGCCGUGGAUGGAUACAUUGCAUCAGUGGUAUGCGCGGAUUUGGUCCGAGACUGGAUCGUGGCGGCUGUUGAAGUAG